GCAUGAUUUGAUAUUCGCGCGUUUAGUUGCGUAUAUAUAAAAAUUUUUAUCUAAAAGAUGGCAACGAUUUGUCAACAGGAAUUAAGUUUCGUCUACGUUAUCUAUAGACUGUCGAAUUUUAAAGGAAACGUGAACCACGAGAAAUGUAAUGAAAGUUACGAAGUUCCACGAAAGAUGGUAACUAAUAGAAGAGUUUCAUUGUCUUUCAAGAAAUUAUAACUUGUAUCGAAUUCACGAUUUCGCACACUUCGAUACAAGUGUGACGUUUACUAAAAAUGGCACUACAAGAAGAUGAAAACACCUGGAUUUUAGAGCUGGAAGCAGCUCUUCUUGAUACACAAACUCCAUCGGCAUCUGAUAUAUAUGCAAUUUGUAAAGGACAAGCUGUACCUACAAAUUUAAGACCUGAUGUGUGGCAAGCUUGUUUAGAUGUUAUCGAUCGGGGUAAUCAGUUAAGUCAGUUCAAUGAAGUUUUUGAUUUACCAGAACAAAAUAUUAUACGCGAUGAUUGCCAACAAUUGGUUGAAAAACUAGGAAAUGAUGAUGAAGAUAAAGUUUCUGUUGUUUCCGAUUUAGAAUCUAUUUUAACAUUUUAUUGUAAGAGUAAAGGGAAGCAAUAUAAAAGAGGAAAUGGUUGGAUAGAAUUGUUAGGUCCUUUAAUAGCUUUAAAACUCCCACGAAGUGCAACAUAUAAUUUAUUUGAAGAAAUAAUUGACUUUUAUAUUCCUAGAGGUGAAACAUAUAGUUCUGUAUUAAGACUAUUACUACUCUAUCACGAACCGGAACUAUGUUCUUUCUUGGAUACGAAACGAGUGUCUCCUGAUCAAUAUACAAAAGGAUGGGUAACUACUUUGUUUGCUGGUGUAUGUUCGCUGCCAGCUGUUUGUACAAUGUGGGAUCUGUAUUUCAUGCAAGCUGAUCCAUUUUUUAUGUUAUUUCUUUCACUUAUUAUGGUGAUAAAUGCCAGGGAACAAAUCUUAAGUAUGAAAGAUAAUGAUAAACAAAGUAUAAUAGACGCAAUUGCUGCUAUGCCAUGUGCAUUGGAAGCAGAAGAUGUGACAGACUUUUGUUCAUUGGCACAGUAUUAUGCAAUGAAAACGCCAUCAUCCUUCAAACAAGAUUUAUAUCCUAUUAUGUUUGGCGAUGGUUUUGAUGAAAAAUGUAUAUCACAUGUACUUUGUUUGCCUGUAUCGGCCCAAGAAUUAGUUGAAAAUUCCAUCGAGAGUCCGUCCAUGGCUAAUAUCUCGGUUGAAUCUGUUAAAUUUUUUUUGGUAGACUGCAGACCUGCUGAACAGUAUAAUGCAGGACAUUUACCAACUGCAUUUCAUUUAGAUUGUGAUUUGAUGUUACAAGAACCUGCUGCUUUCGCAACAGCAGUACAAGGAUUGUUGCAAGCACAGCGACAAGCAUUAGCUGUUGGAUCGCAAGCUGGUGGUGAACACCUCUGCUUUUUAGGGAGCGGUAGACAAGAGGAAGAUCGUUAUACGCAUAUGGUAAUUGCAUCUUUUCUACAGAAACAUACCCAAUAUGUUAGUAUGGUUACAUCAGGAUAUCAAGCUAUACAUGAAUAUUUUGGUGAUGAAGUCGUUUCUAGUCUUGUUGAUCAUAAUUCACAGCAUUGUUUAGUAUGCAGCGCUAAUAUUUCAGAGACAAAUUCAAACGAAGCAAGUCCUGCCAAGGUUAAAAAUAAUAAUUCCGAUUUCUUCGGAAAAAUAAAAAAAGUAAAGGUAAAAUUAUUCGAUUAUAUCGUUAAUCCGUCAGCAAGUAUGCAUAAUAAUAUAGAAAACAGAAACGGCAAGGACUUGGAUUUUGUUAAACGACAGAAAAAGACGGCCCCAGUAUUUAGUAUAGAUGAUGAUCAAGAAUUGGAUAUGACAAUGACAAAUAAUGAAAGUGAAGAACCUAUUGAAGUUGUAUCUAUUCAACAAUGGAUGAAAGAUCCGAAAUUGUUACAUUCCUUUAAAUGUCAAGAAGUGAAAGUCAACGGAGAUCUCUGUGAUAGUAUACUUUUGGUCACUGAUAGUCACCUAAUAGUUCUUCGGGAAAUACAAGAAAGAAAAGGUGCAGCACAUGUAAUUGUAAAACGUCCGUUAACGAGUAUUGUUAAAAUAACAUCUAGAAAAAGACAUUCAGAUUUGAUUACAUUUAAAUACGGCACAACGCAAUAUAAUGAUACGGUUAUUUCAGAUAUGGAUAAAUUUCUUAUUCCUAACGCGAGUGAGGCUACUAAAUUAAUCACGCAACAGAUUUUAAAACAAUUGAAAACAUCAAAUUGAUGUUAGAUAUGCGAUGAUACGCAUGUAAUGAAAUUUUAUUCGUUUUUUGAACACAGGUUUUAUUCGAAUAUCUGAAUUGAAAUUUUUUAUUUGUUCGAUUGGUUAGAGUUUCUUUUUCUAACCAAAUGGUACUACAAAUACAAUAUGUAAUUAAUAUAAUUAAAGAAAAUAGUCUGUGAAAGAUUUUAAGAAUAAUCUGAGUGUUUCAUACAUGAAACUAAUAUGAUGUAUCAUCAACAAGAUGGUCAACACAAUUUAUACUUGGAUUCUAAGAUUUUAGUGGUUUUUACUAAGUCAUUACUUUUAUUAAUUAUAUAUAUUUACGCUUAUUGUUUAUCUUCACGCAUUUUCUUAAUAUUUUCAGAAACAUUUCACUUUCAUAGAAUAGCAUUUUUCCUAUUAGUGUUUUCGUAAUAACAUCAUAUCAAUAUUGAUAAUAUCUGAUUUAGUAUUUACUUUGCAUAUGGCUAAACAGUGGCCUUACUAUAAAAAUGAAUAAGAGAGAUAAUGGACUCUGCAAAUCAUUGAUGUGAUUGUCUAUGAUGGAGUGUAAUGUGCCAUGAAC